AUGCCGCGGUCGCGGUCACCAGCCAUCCGGGUCUCGGACUCCCUCCGAGUCCCCGACCCGGAGUGGCCAUUUCACCGCCCGCCACUCCGCGAGCGCCACGUCACAGCGAUCCUUCGCCGCAUCCGCCAGCCUGUGCUGCAGACUGCGGAUGAGGACCGCCUCGCAGAUGCCCAGCGAGCGCUGCAGUGGCGGAGAAGGCGGCAAAGCCAGCUCAAAAAAAGAAGGUGUACCAGCGAGGAUCUGUUGCAAAAGCAGCUGCUCAGGUGCAGGCAUUCACUUCUGGUGCCAGGGGGAGGCUGCUUACGGCACACCGGCUAUCUCUCGCGCAGCUGA